UCAAAAAUAGCAGGAGAGCCGGAGAGGGUCCUUGGACUUCACAACACCAGAAUGGUUUUGAAAUUGUGAUUUUUGUUCAAGAAGCYGACAUCGAAACUAAUCAUUCAUUGCCCAAAACGCUAAAGGGAUUUUGUCUAGUGUGAUACAGAGAUGGAUACAACAACGUCGGAACCGGUCAACCUCUCAACAACCAUAUAUUUUCAGGGUUAUGGAAACAAGACGACAGACAAUCGUUUUAAACAACCGGAUUGGCAAGUGGCAUUGUGGGCAAUUGCUUAUUCACUGAUAGUGAUUGUGUCCGUCACAGGAAACGUCACUGUAAUUUGGAUAAUUUUGGCCCACAAAAGAAUGAGGACAGUGACUAACUAUUUUAUAGUAAAUCUUGCAUUCUCGGACUUUUCAAUGGCUACUUUCAACACUGUCUUCAAUUUUGCAUAUGCUACACACAACGACUGGUACUUCGGGUUGGGAUACUGUAGGUUUCAGAACUUCUAUCCCAUCACAGCAAUAUGCUCAAGCGUUUAUUCUUUGGCAGCUAUUGCGGUUGACCGAUACAUGGCCAUAAUCUACCCUUUGAAACUAAGGCUAUCCUCCACGUCUACCAAGAUUGUGAUUGGUCUCAUCUGGGCGGUGGCAUUCUCCCUGGCAUUCCCCCAGUGUUACUACUCUGUCACCGAGUACUAUCCACAACGGACUAUCUGUGUGGUCAACUGGCCUGAUGACUAUGGUGGGAAACACCAUCUCACAUACCAGAUAGCUUUGAUCAUACUGAUCUACCUGCUCCCCUUGCUGGUGAUGUUGGUCACCUACAGCCUUAUUGGCCAGACACUGUGGGGCAGUGAGAUACCGGGGGAGGCCUCAGAUCACUACCAGAACCCGAUCCAGGCCAAACGCAAGGUGGUGAAGAUGAUGAUAGUGGUGGUGACGACCUUCGCCCUGUGCUGGCUGCCCUACCACAUCUACUUCAUCCUGGUCAGCUUCAACAUUGAGAUCUACAUGCAGACGUAUAUCCAGCAGAUCUACCUGGCCAUCUUCUGGCUGGCCAUGAGCUCCACCAUGUACAACCCCAUCAUCUACUGCUGCCUCAACCAAAGGUUUCGCUCGGGGUUCCGUCACGCUUUCAGCUGGGUCCCUUUCAUCAAGGUGUCGGAGGAGGACAAGAUGGAGCUGCAGCACCCACGGACCUUCAGGAUGACCCGCAGCUAUCGCACUGACAACACCAACAGCACUGUGGUCCGCCACAACUCCACCUAACAUGAUGACCACACCCCAGUCAAGCUCAUGAAAAGCUGAGGACAUGCUAAAGCUCAUGAGCUCAGCUGCUAGGAGAAGUGAAACAAAUCAUGUUAUUAUUGUGUACAGUCCGUCAGUCAGUCGCCCCAAACACCUUUAUCGUCACACACACCAGAUAGGUGCUGUGAAAUGUGUUAUUUUACAGGGUCAGACAUAGAAGUACAGCCCCCCUGGAGCAAAUUGGGGAUAAGUGCCUUGUCAAGGGCAGGUUUCGUUUACUGGCCCAACACUCUAACCACUAGGCUACCUGCUGCCCCAAUGGGAAGGUAGAAUAGGAAAGAGAACUCCCAUGGUAUAAGCACCAAGCCUUAUCUGUUGCAGUAUUAAGGUAGUGUUAUUAUUUGUGUUGUUUUAGCAUAAUAUUGGUUCAUGUUGUCUGUCACCUGACUUUGUAGACCAUAUUGUGAAAUGUGCAAGUGAACCCAGUUUUAAAUAUUCACUGAAAUAUCAAUAACUGAUGAAAGAGACAGAUAAAUUAACACACAUCGUACUUUGUUAAUAGUACAGAAAUUAAUGAUGGGGUAACAUCUGCUGCAAUAUGAUUUGAGGACUGUGAUAUUUUUUUAAACUAGACAUAAUAUCCACAACUGACUUCUGAACUAUGAAACCACUAUCUCCUGUGACUGUUCUUGGGGAAAUGAAAGUUCUCCACUAGAAUAUACUGUGUUUGAGUUUAUUUUUACAGGGACAGUGCACAUUAAUAAACGUUUUAGUAAAAGUGCCAAUUUUAGCCGGCUCAUUGUCAACCGUAGUCCCUGGGCAGAUUAUUAUUCCAAUAACAGUACAGGCAGACAAUGAGCAGCGAGCACUUGCAGAGCAACAUAGGACAAGCAACACGUAGCAGACAGACAGAGCAACAUAGGACAAGCAACACGUAGCAG